AGUCCUCAGAAGGUAGUAAAGACAAAGCAGGACCAAGGAAAAUUUCCUUUUCGAAUGGAAGAAGGUAGCAUUAUAUCGCAGCAUUUGUUACGAUUAUGUCUUCUCCUGAUCUUACUUUACAGGAACAACUGAUAGUGUCAGUAAGGCGCUGGCGCUCGUGGUUAUAUAUCCAAUUUUGAUUUUCACGUGCUAGUCAUCUGUAUACCGCAGAAAGGAGAAUGAACAUGAAUACCGUUAGCGGGUCGUGGACGAGAAAAAGUUCGGUCCGCCAGCCACGGCGGCUUGCUGCCCUCGGAAGCUGCACGUCGUUUGUGUCUACUCUACUCGACCACUCGCACGACGUGCAUGCCCUGAAGAUCACGAAGGAACCAGUGAAAGCACACCCGGCGAACAAGAAGGGGGCGAGGAACAAGAAGGCUGUCCAGCUGAAAAAGUCCUCCCAGCAAACGAGUCAUGCUCCUGCACCAGCGUCCGGAUCGUUGUUGGAGCGAAAACGAGAGCGGCUUGAGCAGCCGCAGGUGGCCGGAACAGGGUUCAAUCCCGCCUGGGCAGGUGGAGCAACGACAGGACCCAACAACAACCUAAAUGUUCUGAGUAGUCCCGGGGUAGUGUCGGCAGGUGCUGUCGCGCAGCCGGCGGCAGGUAUCACGAUGACCGUCCCCUUCGUUCCGGUUGGAACCGGAGCUGGGGGAACACCCGUUUGGUCGCAGCCCGCCACCGCGGCGUCGGCGGGCGUGGUCCCUGGAGUCGCGGGCGUUUUCGGACGAGCGGGACAACCAGGGCGACCGCUCGCUGGCAACGCACUGAACAACAACGCCGGCAACACCCAAAUGCCCGGCCUUUCGGCUGCAGGAGUAGGUACCAGCAACACCCAGGCGGCCGUGCCAAUGCUUGGGGCCCCGACCACCGCGGCCGCGACACCGAAUGGCGAUAGUUCGUGCGGAGGCGGCGGGGACAGCAGUCCGGGAGCGGCUACCAUGCCAGGAAGUAACAUGCUCGGAAGUUCCGGGGGGAUCAAUGGACAACCCGGCGCGGCCGGGUUAAUAACUCUCGGUGCGCCGGGACAGCAAAGUUUGCCGAGUGGGCCGGGCGCGCUGGAUGCGGCGGCCGCAGCCGCGCGGAAGGCGGACGUGGACGCAAAGCUGGCCCAGCUCCUUGCCACACGCCAGCAGGAGGACGCCGAGUCGCUGGCGCUCAUCCAGGCACUGCCCAUCGGGGACGUGGACCUGGCGAUCGCGAAGCGGGGCGGACUGGCGGGGCAGACCGCGUUCUCGCCCAUCCCGCCCAACUGCGGCGGCGACGACUGCUUGAUGCCCGGGAUGAGCGGCAACGACAACGGCCAGGGGCUGCGCGCGUUCGGCGCCGCGUCGCUGAACGGGCCCGCGGCGGCGCACAUGAGCAUGAGCUGGGACCUGGAGCUGAUGUACUUCCACGCCAACAUGCUGGGCGGCUUGUUCACCGGGGGAAAGUACAACGCGGUGCUCGGGCCGGGCGCGCAGGUGUGGCGCAACCCGGGGUGCGGCCGGUCCGGGGAGUACAUCCCCGGCGAGGACCCCGUGUUCGGCGUCUUCGCAGUCGAGGCCUGGACCCUGGGCUACAACCGCCAGACGGUGUCGCCCGUCUGGAAGCACUACAUCUCCAACGACAUGGAGGCGGACCGCAUGAACCGCAACGGAAAGCUGACCAUCCCGUGGGAGGCGGAGAUGGACAUCUACCUGAAGCCCUUCGUGGCGGGCAGCAACAUCGGCGCGUCCGCGACCAUGUGCGGCUACCACUGGCUGGUGGACCCGGAGGGCGGCGAGCCGGUGUCCAUGUGCUACAACAAGCGGAACAAGUGGCUCUACGAGGAGAGCAAGCGCACCUGGAUCGUGACCGACUACCCCGCGGCGGAGAUGUUUGAAACGUACACCAAAAAGCCCUCCGCGUCCGACUCCGGCCACUCCUGGGCGAACUGGGGCAGCUGGAAGCAGCCGCUGAACUACGAGAAGCGCACGGCGCAGGAGCAGAUGGUGAACUCGGAGCCCAUCGCGGAGGAGGACAAUGGGCACCAGGUGAUGGACAACCAGCUGCAGGCGGCCGACCGCGCGCUGAAGGAUCGGUACCUCGCGGGCUGGGUCGGGUGGGCGCGCGAACUGGGGAUUUUCCGGAAGGGGCCGCGCUACACGGACAGCAACUACCCCGCGGUGUGGCAGGACUACGACGACAACACGAAGAACACGCACUACCGGUGGACGUCGCGGACGAUUGCGGAGUCCAUGGUGUUGCUGAAGAACGACGGGAACCUGCUCCCCCUGAAGGACGGCGACCAGGUGGACCUUGACAGCUCCUGCACCGGGGACGGCAACGCGCGCACGCUCACGUCCGAGGGGUCGGGGGAGAUGAACAUCCACCUGAAGGAAACGCGGGCGGAAACUGCGUUUCGCGGCAAGACCGGCGGGGGCGGAAAAGUCAAACUCGUCUGCUCGCUCGUCAAGGCCGGCGAGGGCAGGGAUCGCGACACGAUUGAGCAGCCGCGACCCCCGGCGGGCGGGGACAACGUCUGCGUGUUCGCGGCGGGCGCAGGUACAGCGGAGAGCUAUUUUUCUCGUCUCAACGUUUUUUUCUAGUGCCGAAGCCGAUCCAUGAUUUUUUGAAGACUACUAAUUUAUCUAUGCUAAUUCGUUGCUUUUGCUGCUUGACGUUCCCUGAACAAGUAUCAUACAUAUCCCAGCAGUCGUGAAACCAUAAGAAAGUCAACACACAAAAACUUAUCCUAAACAGGAUCUGUCGCCAUGCCCUGGGCCAACGAUUUCAAGUGCAUUAUUUUUUCGAUCGCCCCCUCCGUGCACGCGUUCACGGGUUUGAUGUAUUUCAUGUACGGGCAAGUGAAUCCCGGAGCGCACACGAUCAUGUCCGUUGUCGCAAACGGCGGCGACCUGCCAUGGGGAAAGGCCGGCGUGGAUGCGGACGGCGACUCCAAGCACGAGGUGGGCUACAUGAUUCUGCAGGCGCGCGGCACGCAGCCCGUGUUCGAAUUUGGCUGGGGUUUACCCUUCGGGGCCGCGCAGUGGGAAGACGUUGUGGACCUGGUCCCGACCCAGCACGACCGCACGCUGCGGCGGAUCGCCUUUUGCGUGACUUCCAAGCUCGCGACCGAUCCCCCGGGCUACCCGGCGCCCUCACCGACGGCGCAGUUCUACGCGCAGCUCGACGGCCGCCCCUACAAGCAGCUGCUGGCGUUCGGGAAGGUGCGGAACCUGGCUGCGGGGGCGCAGGAGUGUCGCGCGGUGUACUACGACCCCGUGGCGGAGUGGGAGGGGGGCAACGACGAUGGCCUCUACCAGCCGAAACCCUUCCAACUGUUCUACAGCCUCAACGGGUACAGCAAAAGUCUCCCCUGGCCCGUGGACCGGGAGCAAGGCGCGGACGCGGUCACGUCGGGCUUCAAGCGAGGCGCCACUGCCGACGCGAACGCGCCCGGCUAUCCCGACUACGUUCUGCAGCGGCACAUCCGCAUGCAAACCGAGGUGGGCAGUACCGAGCGGGAGGCGAAGAUCUUCCCAAACCCAGCCAGCAACAUGAACACGGUGCUGGAUUUUUUCAGAAACGCGAACCUGCCCGACUGUCCGGUCGAGACCGAAACGAUUGAAGUGCGAUGAAAGGCGGAAACGGGUCUGAUUCUGCGAGAAAUUAGAUUUCGUAUUCCAAGAGAGCGAGUUUGUUGUACAGAACCAAGAGAACUACGAAAAUAAAAAGUAUAUAAAGUUACGAGGUUUUUUUUCGUUCCCCACGAUCGUUUUUCCAUUUCUUGAUUUCCUCGCUACAGCAGGUAUUUUUACUUUCAUGUUUUUCAUUCUAGGAUUGCCCAACUAAAAGUUGUAUUGCAUGGGAGGCUUUUCCCGCUCAGCUUAUUUGAGAAGCGCGUACGCAAAAAUCCCAUUUCCUGGCUUUACCGUCGAUCCCACCCUAGUAUAUAGCAUGUCAUCGUGUUUGAGCUUGUUUUUUUGUACUGUAGUGAUCUAACUAGAAAAGGAAAAGUGCUACUCGGUUGUAUAUCGUACUUUUAUUCCCAAUCCCAUUUUUACCCCUGUGUCCGCAGAGUCGUGCGUUUGCAAAUAAGCCAGAUGGCCAACAACGUGAAUUCCCCUUCCAGACGUUCGUACGUUCAGGUAGGAACGUUUUUUUUGCGGAAGCGCAAACAACACCACAGCUGCAUGUUUGUUGCAAGAGUACGAGACAGGGGACCACCAGGCCCGCC